AGUGCCGCAGCUUGAGCCUCUUGCCAAUUUUGGCCGUUGGCAGCUUCCGAGCCGGCGGGCGCGGCUUGACGCUGAGGACUGUCAGGCAUGUCGGCUGGCAAGGAGCCGCCAGCUAGCGGGGGCCAGCUAUGGAUCCUCCUUUUGUUUUUGGGUCACGCAAGCUGCUCCGUGUUUCUCAUACUUGUGAACAAGACGAUCUCGACGUCUUUUCCCUUUGCUUGGACGGUAGUCUUCCUGCAAAAUAGCGGGACGAUCCUUUGCUCCACGCUGUUGCAUCUCUAUGGGAAGGUGCUUCUUCGACGACUCGAGAGGCAUCAGGUUUUGCCGUUAUUUCUGGAUGCUCUCUGGCUAGUUGCUGUGCUUUUGAGCAGCUUCAAGGCGCUGGAGGAAGUUAGUGUCCCGCUCUACGUGGUCAUUCGGAACACGGUGCCUUUCUUGACCGCGCUGUGCGAGCGUGUGGCCCUAAAGAAGCCGAUGGACUCAAUGCUGGUGCUGGCUUUGUUGAUCACCUUUAUGGGCACGAUCCUUUACUCCGUCACAGACUUCACCAUCCGUUACAACGGCGCGGUCUAUGCCAUAUCCAAUGCCCUUCUAGUUGCUGGCAUGUGCACCUUUGAGCGGUACUUGAUGACGACAGCAAACCUCGGGAUGUCAGCCAUUGACAUCAACUUCCACCGGGUUGUCUUGUCCAUGCCCUUGAUCGCUAUUCUCGGCUACUUUGAGGGCUUCCCCUUCACCCUGUUGGAGCUUUCCGCUCGAAGGUACGAGGCCACUCUGGUUGCUUCAUCAUCCUUCGCCGCCUUUGGCAUCGGUACGCUGCUCCUGGCGCUGCAGGGCGAAGUCUCAGCGACCACCAUCCAGGUGGCCAAUGUGGCGUACAAGUGCGCAACAACUGUGGUGAGCAGGCUGACGCACCCAUCCGAGCUGACAUUCAUGGGAGUUGUUGGGUACAGUGUGUGCACCAGUGGCGUUCUGACCUACACACUCACCCGUGGCACGGCCAGCAAGAAGGAGAAGUAGCCCGAGCAAAGCUCAGCUUUCUGAAUCUAGAAGCUGAGCCCCAGUUUCACGUCGCAUGUCAGAGCCGCAAGGGAACCAAUGCCCAGCACGCCGUGUGGCCCAAUGACGCCGCGCCCUGCUUUGGGGUAAGGCUUCAUGUUGCCGCUGGGUGUGACCGGCCUCACCAGCCAGGCAUCGAGAAUUUGACCCAG